AAAACAUAACAAAAAAACUAACCUCAAUCCUCAAUUUAGAAAAUAAACCCUUUUAUCGAAUUUCAUGAGAUUCCCUUUAAAAUGGCCUUCUUUUCCUCGAGCAAAAUGUACCCAGCCAACCAUAAAACCGUGUUUGUAUUGGAUCACACCCCAUAUUUCGGUAUAUCUUGUGAAAAUCCGAUAGAAUUCGAGUUUCUUAAGGCUAGGGGGCCGGGAUGUCUUCCGAUACCUCCGUUUUCCAAAUCCUUAUGGACUUGCAGCUUCGAGUCUGCCAUUGAAUAUUGCAGAAUCGUCUGGGAUCUUUUCCCACAAGGAAAAUUGAUUAGGUUUAUAGCUUCGGAUCACUUAGCGCAUAUCAUAAGUACCUGGAACCUCGGACAUCAACAUUUAGGCCAUAUUACGAGUAUGAUGUCGUUAAUAGGAGUACCCCCUUCUGUUCAUCCGUCAAACUCGAAUUUGGACUAUACAGUACUUCACGGACUUAAAGCAGCCGUAGAAGCUCUGAGUGAACCAACAGAUUCACAACUAGAAAAGAUUAAAUCUGAUGUACCAAUGAAGUUGAUGAAUCGGGGUAGAGUCAUUUGUAUCACUUCGGCACGAGACGAUGAGAGUAUGAAAAGAUUAGAAGAAAUUUUCUUGAGUGGAUUGAUACAACAAAACAAGGCUGCUGCUAAAUCGGACAGGCAUAUAGUUAUCGACCAUUGCCACUUGGUUAUUAUAAAUACUUUCCCUGUCAAUAUAGAAAGCCAAGUGAGCAAUCAUACAGUAAGAAAUCUUUCAGUUAUUUUAACAACGGAAGUGCAUUCUGUUAAAGCUAGUCUUAUACCUAAUAAAUUGUCUGCGUUAAUAUUAGAACAUUAUGACCUGGCAAGUACAACUGUAACUGGUAUUCCAAUGAAAGAAGAGCAAAACGCUAGCUCUUCGGCUAAUUACGAUGUGGAAAUUUAUCAUGCUAGCUCUGCCCACACUGCAAUCCUCAAGGGUAAUGCUUCAGAUUCCCUUGCUAUCCAAACACAGAAAGAAAAUCAUGAAUAUCAAACGGUUACUUUGAAAUGGUGCACUCCUAGGGGUACAACUGGUUCAGAUCUGCACAACUGUACUUGCAUGCAUAGGAUAACGCCGGUUGACGUUAAUUCUAGGCCUUCAUUAUGUCUCAUUAAUUUUCUACUGAAUGGUCGAUCUGUAAUGUUGGAAAUGCCCAGAAAAUCAGGGGGCAAAAUAACAAGUCAUUUGCUUGCUGCGCAUGGAGGAGAGAUAUUUAUACAUACCCUAUGCACUGCUAGAUCAGUGCUGGAAGAUCCUCCUUCCAUCUCAGAAGGCUGUGGGGGUAGAGUUACCGACUAUAGAAUAACGGAUUUUGGAUUACUGAUCAGACAAAAUACUUUGUUACCGAUUAAAUCCAGUGCUGCCGAUAAAGCUUUAAACGCUACAGUUGAAAUGAAAUCGAGAUUGAACAGGAUGACGAGGUACUGGCCUUUGACCAUAAGCUCUACGUUGAUUUUUAACUUGAAAAUGUAUAUUGAUCCACUCCCAUCGAUAAUAACCAAAGAAAAUAUAGCGGAGGAAGAAGUUUUUCAAUGCAAACAAAUAAUAAGAAACCUGAUUAAUUUAGAGAAUAAACAUGAAUCGCUUCAUCCGUUGAACACCGGUCCGAGAAUCAAGGGUCAAAAAAGGGAAGAACAAUAUAGAACCAUGUGGAACGAAUUAGAUAUGCUCAUUAAGAAUAAUUUGCAUACGGAAAAUCACAAGAGCAUACACAAAUGUUUAUUGGAAGGCCACACUUUCAAGGAUGAGAAGGUGGAGUUGGACGAUGCCUUGAGGGAACUAGAUCAGAUAGGUCCUUCCAAGCCAGAGCUCGACUCACAAAGGGCCUCUGUGAUUAGAGCUACCACGGAUUCUCCAAUGUCGCCUCCUCCUCUUUCUAACGUAGCUUCCUCAUCGACGUCAAGAUCAAACAUUUCUUCAUCUGCUCCGAAGUCGCUCUACGAAAUGUUCUUAGCCUGGCAGAAACCAAAGAGUAGGCCGGAAUUCGCUGGGAGGGCUGGAGGUAGCCUAGUAGCAAAAUUAUACCCAAACUUGAAAACUGAUAGGCCCGCAAAAACCGAGGGAAUGGAGAUAGAUUUGUGAAUGUUUUUUAUACUGUGUCAAGAUUGCGUUUUUAUUAUAAUGCCAGUUGAUGAUUUGAUGUUAUUGUGUUUAUUAUUGCAUUUGGAGACAAUCACCUGGUGUGGUUGCGUCAAAACAAGAGUGAAUAAAUGAACAAUGCAAUAAUGGUCCCAAUCAUAUUUUUCAUAUUACACAAACUAUUCAGACAAUUUUUUUAAGUGAAGUAUAGUCUGUUUUGAUUUAUAUAAGAUGAAUGUGAAUGUGCUUGAUUUGAAUAAUUAGUGUAAUCUUUUAUACUGUUGAUUAAUUAUAAUUUAAUUUUCUA